AUGAUGUGCGAGGUGAUGCCCACCAUAUCUGAGGAUGGGCGAAGCGGGACUGGCGGAGGGCCCUCGGAGGCCCGAGGCGGAGGAGAUGAAGGAGGCAGCACAGGGAACCUGGAGUCCCUGAUGGUCAACAUGCUGACGGAGAGGGAGAGGCUGCUGGAGAACCUGAGGGAGACGCAGGAGAGCCUGGGUACCGCUCAGCUCCGCCUCCGCGAGCUCGGCCACGAGAAGGAGUCGCUGCAGAGGCAGCUGUCCAUCGCUCUUCCACAGGAGUUUGCUGUGUUGACUAAAGAGCUGAACGUUUGCCGGGAGCAGCUUCUGGAGAGGGAGGAGGAGAUUGCCGAGCUCAAGGCGGAGAGAAACAACACACGUCUGUUGCUGGAACACCUGGAGUGUCUUGUGUCCCGCCACGAGCGCAGUUUGAGGAUGACGGUGGUGAAGAGACAAGCCCAGUCCCCAGCAGGGGUCUCCAGUGAGGUGGAAGUUCUCAAGGCCCUCAAAUCCCUGUUUGAGCACCACAAGGCCCUAGAUGAGAAGGUUCGAGAGAGGCUCCGUGUGGCCCUCGAGAGGGUGUCCAUGUUAGAGGAUCAACUUGCCGCAUCUUCUCAAGAGGUAAUCUCUUUAAGAGACCAAAUUAAAAGACGUCAGCAAGGGGUGGACGGCGGGAAAGAUCGACUGCCCAACGGUCCCUCCUCUGGCCUGGAGGACGGGGAGCUCGAAAGACAGAGAGAAGGAGAAAUAGAGCGACAGAGAGCCGAACUCUCCCAGCUGAGGGAGAGGCUGGCCCUCAUGUGCCGGCAGGUUGGGGAAAUAGAGGAACAGCUUGCGGCCGCCAGGAGGGAGGUGACGAAGUCGGAGGAGGCCAAUCAGAAGCUCCAAAGAGAAGUGAAAGAGGCUCUUUGCCAAAGAGAGGACAUGGAGGAGAGAAUUACAACACUAGAGCGGAGGUACCUCAGUGCCCAGAGGGAGGCGACUUCUCUCCACGAUAUCAAAGACAAGCUGGAAAACGAGCUGGCAAGCAAGGAGUCCCUGCACAGACAGAGUGAAGAGAAGAACAGACAACUGCAGGAGCGUCUGGACGAGGCCAAGCAGAAGCUCCAGCAGACUCUACAGAGGGCCGAGACGCUGCCGGAGAUCGAGGCCCAGCUCGCCCAAAGAGUGGCCGCUCUCAACAAGGCAGAGGAGCGUCACGGAAACUUUGAGGAGCGACUACGGCAAAUGGAAGCCCAGCUCGAGGAGAAGAACCAAGAGCUGCAGAGGGCAAGGCAGAGGGAGAAGAUGAAUGACGAACACAACAAACGUCUCUCGGACACAGUGGACAAGCUUCUGUCUGAGUCCAACGAGAGACUUCAGCUGCACCUCAAAGAGAGGAUGGCAGCACUAGAGGAGAAGAAUGCUCUCUCUGAGGAACUGUCCAACAUGAAGAAAAUCCAGGACGAUCUUCUCGCUAAUAAGGAGCAGCUCCUUGCUGAGUUGGAGCGAAUCCAAUUGGAGCUGGAUCAGCUGAGAGGCAGACCAGGCUCUUCAUAUUCCAGAUCUCUGCCCGGGAGCGCCUCGGAGCUGCGUUACCCUCAGGGCGGCGGCUCACUCCCAGCCGGCUAUGGCAGCUCCUCCAGUGGGGUGGUGGUCAGGCGGGCACACCGCGGCCGGUGGGGCGCUGCUAGGGACGAUAGCAACAAGUAUGGAGAAUGGGACAGCAGCACUAUGCUGGGUCCUGGGUAUGAAGGCGGUGUGGAGGGAGGCUGCUCUGAUGACGAGGACGACAGAGAGACUCUGUUUGGAUCGGAGCUGCUGUCUCCCAGUGGACAGACAGAUGUACAGACUUUGGCCAUCAUGCUACAGGAGCAACUAGAGGCCAUUAACAAGGAGAUUAAGCUGAUUCAGGAAGAAAAGGAGAGCACAGAGCUGAGGGCAGAGGAGAUUGAGAGUCGGGUCAGCAGCGUGGCCCUCGAUGCCUCCCCUCUUCCUCCCUCCUCACUGGGAGGACGGGACAGUGUUGGCAGGGGCUACAUGACUCCCUCCAUCACCUCCUCCACGCUGGCGUCUCCUUCACCGCCCAGCUCUGGACAUUCCACCCCCCGUCUGCCACAUUCACCUGCCAGGGAGACUGACAGACAGAAUAGCAAAGAGGGUGAAGAAUGCAGAGCCCUGGCCCUGAUCGACUCCACCCCUCCUCCUGUUCCACGAGCUCUGCGAUUGGACCGGAUGACACACACUCACCCGGGGGCGGGCCUCGACGACCACCGUGAAUUUCGCAGUCUCUCUGCUGAUGGUGCCACCACAGCUAGCCAGGAUUCCCUCCACAAAGCCAGCAAAAAGAAAAGCAUUAAGUCAUCAAUUGGUCGUCUCUUUGGCAAAAAGGAAAAGGGAAGGAUCGGUGCACCUGGACGCGAAUCUGCCUCACUGGCCUCCACACCUUCUGAUGACCUGGGAUCAGCUGACCCAUUAGGUCUGGCUAAACUUGGGACUGGAACAGUGGAAAAAGAUCGCCGCAGCAAAAAGAAGCAUGACUUGUUAGAGGAAGCUUGUCGUCAGGGUCUGCCUUUCGCCUCAUGGGACGGCCCGACUGUUGUUACAUGGCUUGAGCUGUGGGUCGGGAUGCCGGCCUGGUAUGUGGCAGCGUGUCGUGCCAACGUGAAGAGCGGCGCCAUCAUGGCCAACCUGUCGGACACGGAGAUCCAGAGGGAGAUUGGCAUCAGCAACCCUCUGCACCGGCUCAAGCUCCGCCUGGCCAUCCAGGAAAUGGUCUCCCUCACUAGUCCGUCUGCACCUGCCAGCACUCGAUCUUCGACCAGUAAUAUUUGGAUGACACAUGCUGAGAUGGAGUCUCUCACUGCUGCCACCAAACCAGAGCAGAAGGAGUUCAGCUGGGACCAGAUCCUGGCCUACGGAGACAUGAACCACGAGUGGGUGGGCAACGAGUGGCUGCCCAGCCUCGGCCUGCCUCAGUACCGCUCCUACUUCAUGGAGUCGCUGGUGGACGCCCGCAUGCUCGAUCACCUCACCAAGAAGGAACUGAGGGGCCAGCUGAAGAUGGUGGACAGUUUCCACAGGGUGAGUCUUCACUACGGCAUCAUGUGCUUGAAGCGCUUAAACUACGACAGAAAGGAGCUGGAGAGGAGGAGGGACGAGAGUCAGCACCAGAACCAAGAUGUGAUGGUGUGGUCCAAUGAGCGAGUCAUGUGUUGGGUGCAGUCUAUUGGGCUGAAAGAGUUUGCUGACAACCUAUUAGAAAGUGGCGUCCACGGAGCUCUCCUUGCACUAGACGACACCUUUGACUACACCGACUUGGCCCUCCUCCUCCAGAUACCAAACCAGAACACGCAGGCGAGGCAGCUCCUCGAGAAGGAGUACAAUGCUCUCAUCUCCAUGGGAACAGAGCGGAGGCCAGAUGAGGACGGCACGAAAACAUUCACACGGUCACCAUCAUGGAGGAAGAUGUUUCGAGAGAAGGACCUCCGCGGCGUGACCUCAGACUCCUCAGAAACAUUACCUGCCAACUUCCGUGCCUCCGCCAUCUCGACCCCCUCCGUCACCCUGAGGAAGGUCCAGAGCGAAGUCAACUCUGGUCCGAGAGGAGAGUCGGGGUCCGUGAGAACAUAUUCCUGCUAAAAGAUAAGCACACCAGAAGCCCACCUCCAUCCCAACCCAAGGGAGAAAAAAAAACAACACCAC